AUGGCCGCUGAUGACGAUUACAGCAUUUGGUACAACAGCGACCGAGACCAUCGCGAUUGGGUACGCAUUGCAGGACGAUAGUAUCCAUUGUACCCUGUCAAAGGGUUGAGACCAUCAUCGCUGCGCAAAUCGUCCUUCUCCAGCAGCAGCAGCAUCAACAACGCUUGUCCCCCGCCGCCGCCCACGCCGCAUCAGCACCAAUUGACCGCCAGCAGCAGCAGCAGCAUCGUCAAUUCCAGCUCCAGCAAGCACCAGCAACAUCAACAUUCGCCACAUCAUUCAUAUCAGCAGCAACACCAACACCAACAGCAGCAGCAGCAGCAUAGACGCAACAGCAGCUCUAGCACCAACCAUACUGAAGGAGGCUGUAGCUUGGCCACCAAACCUGUUAUCAAUUUGCUUGGCAAUCAACUGCAGGUCAACUACUUUGAGUUUCCGCCCACCAGCAGCAACAUCAGCAGCAGCGCACACGGAAAAGCGAACAGCACACGCAGUGGCAACCCGCUGGUGUUGUUGGGCAAUCGUUGUGCCACCGCCACCGCUUCCACGCCCUCGCUUAAUUGCAAUUGCAACGGCAAUAGUCCGAGCUAUAGCUCUGCGGUUGCCAAAGCGGCUGCUUCAACAGCUUGUGCAGUUCUUGCCACGUGCCACGUGGCCAACAACAGCUCCAGCCCCACCGCAAACUUCAGUCGUAACCAACAACAGCAGCAGCAACAACAACAACAGCAGCAACAACUUCAGUCGACCACAGACAGCGACAGCAUGGGUCGACGUGAGAUUAAACGUUCCAAUACCAGCGGCUCCACCUCCAGAUCCUAUGACAGCGGCAGCGCCACCACAAAUUUUGUGGGCAAAUUCACGCAGAGCGUGCGUCGAAUCGUGCAGGAUGUAAAAGACGAGGGUGCACCCAGUGGCAUGACCCGUGAUGAGGUAAUUGAAACCAAUGAACGUCUACGUUCGCUACGCCUGCGCCUCGAGGAGUCCUACGAUACGGUGAAAAAGGCGCUGAUCAAUCUGAUGAACAAGUACGGCGACUCGAAGAGCCAUCGCAACAUAUUUCAACGCUAUCCCAUGCUCAAGCUAAUGAUAAAGGAAGUCAUACGCCUGGAGACUCAGUACUGGACAUUGGUGGACAUACCGCGUCAGGAGAAACAGGAAACCGUGCCGUCGUAUGUCAUGCGAGCCUGUUCCAUUAUGGAGAAGACGCAAAAGUCGGGCGAGGGCGUGAAGACGUCGGCCAAGCUGGCAGACGAGGCUGCCGAGCGCAGGGAGCGCAUGGAGCGCUUGGAACACAUGACAACGGCACAAAUCGAGCACGAGAACACACAGCUGAUUAAUGAUUUGUAUCGUUUGCUGAAAAAGUAUCUGGGCUUGCGGCAUUUGAUACGCGUGCUAAAGGAAGAGUACGGCAGCUCAAAGAUGUAUCCGAUAUUUCCACGAUACACAAUGCUCAAGGACAUGAUAAAGGGCAUUAUGCACGACCCCGACUACAUGGAGGUGUGUCACGAAACGCUGGCCAACUCCAACUGAGCCGAGGCCUCCGGAAAUGGCAGGCGUCGCAUGAGUGUCAUUUGAGAGGCCCACACAUAAGCAGAAACGAAAAGCAAAUAAACCAAACAACAACAACAACAACAGUAACAACAACAACAGCAUCAGCAAACAAACAACUACAACAGCAGCUCAUCCUGCCAUGUGUUCUCGCACACAACACAAAAAUGUGGGCAGGAUGCGAGUUGAGUGUGCUGAUUUCACAUGCGACUUUCAGUUAUUCCAGCUAAAUGUUAAGCUGCUUUUUUUUAAAAAGCAUUCAAUGAUGUGUUCCGGGUGAGCGAUACUAACCUUUUUGAAUAGUUAGAUACAAAUCUUUAGAUAAUUUUCGCCAACUCACAAAGGCAACGCAACUAAGCAAACUCAACUCAACUCAACUAAACUCAGACUCAAACUCAAACUCAAAUUAAACACCCAUCUACUAAACUAAACACGCAAAGCCCCCACCACAGAACAGUGAAAUACUGACAACAAACAACAAAUGAAACUAUAAUCUAUAACUAUGUAUAACUGCAGAACUAUUUACUACAUUAGCGAAAGAUACAGAUACAAUUUGGUACAUAGCCAUAAGAAACCGACAAACAAAAGAAACGCAUUUAUUUUAAUGACCUUUUGAGAUGAAUAUAGAGAAUGAACAAAAAGCACAAAAACAAAUACAAACUAUAACUGAAAAUUCAAGGAAAAUGCUAAACUAAAUAAAACUGAAAUCUUUAUGUAAUUUUUUAAUACAAAACAAACUCAAUACACUUAUGUUUUGUGUUCUAGACAGCGUUAUUCCAUUUCGAGAAAAAAACAAAAUAUUAAAAAAAAAAACUAUUAUAUAUACUUAAAUAUAUACAUUACUUAUAUAGUUAGACAAUAUCAGGGAAAUGUUCCCAUAAUUAAAAUGAAUGAAACACUAAAUCAAAUUUCUUGACACUUUUUGACGGAAACACCAAGUUUAUUGCGGAAAUAGUUAUUUAUAUACUUACUUAUAUUCGAAAAGUGAAUAAAUGUGUAACUCAGGAUCAUAUGUUAUGGUUCCUUAACACUCCCGCAACUCUCACACA